AUGUUCUCCCAGAUCAUCUCUCUUGCUGCUGUCGUCUUUGUCUAUACUACCCUGGCCCACGCAGAGUCGCAUACCGUUAAAUUUGUUAACAAGUGCGGCUACGGAACUCCUACCCUCAGUCAAAACUUCAAGACCUUGUCUACCGGCGGUGACUACACCGCAAGUGGGGCAUUUGAAGCUGCUAUCGCCUGGCUCAACACAGAUGCUUGCGGCUUUCAGGGUUCAGGAUGUACCCUUGUAGAGUUGACUUUGAAAAAUCCUACCUCAGCCGGAGCUGGAUCCAGUGCAGACAUUUCACUUAUUUCUCCUCAUACCUUCAGCGUGGCAGCCGCAUUUUCGUACUUCAACGGAUGUGACGGCCAGGGAAAGUCUUGCUCCAGCGCCAACUGUGCAAGUACGAGCGCUUUCCACGUCACUACCGACUACGGGGCCCAAGUACAGUGCGAAGCUGAUAAUGUCGGACUAACUGUUACUUUCUGCUGA